AUGCGGGAGAACGAGAGGGAAGAAGAGCGAGAGCCGGGUGCCGCAUGCGCCGUAAAAAAGCACGGCCGCUACGAGUUUCGUUUCACUCUUCGGGGUUCGUCUACCCGUUGCCCGAUAAAAAAGCUCUGCUUGCGCGGCUCCCGUUCGUUGCGGACAUACCGUUCGUCCGCGAUUCGCGUCUGCGUUGCCACAUCAUCGUCGUCAUCAUCAUCAUCAUCAUCAUCAUCAUCAUCAUCCUUAUCUCCGCAAACGCCUCGUCAUCGUCGUGCGAUUUUUGUCCCGUGUUGUUUCGAGGAGGAGAGGAACGAGACGAAUGACGGCCGAGAGGAGAGAAGAGUGCAACGGACUCGGUUCGGAGUUUCGACCUGCAGGGAUGGUCGCGAUGCGAAGAAAGAAGUGCGUCCACAUACGGCGUCCGGGGGGGAGCGGACGGACGGACGAGAAUGGGACGAGGAGGGUGAGAGGACGGAGAGUAGUGUGAGGGAGAGUGUUAAGAAGAUGAAAAUCCGGAUGCUGCUGUGCAGGAGAGCGGCGUCUUUCCACGUCCCGCCACCUACACGUACUAGUAAGUUACAUAAUGACGAUAAAAAAAUUUUUCUGACGCAGAGAUAAGACAAUUCGGGAUACACCAAGCAGUUAUAUGGUAACAAAUUGAAAUAAAUAAAGCGUUAAUUUUAUUAAGUUAAUUAUUCACUUCAUUAAUUAUUAAUCGCUGCGCGGAAAUAAAUAUAUAAGAACACGCGGAAAAAGUAUAUGUAAUAUGUAUUGCUCAGUCAUCCUAUGUUAGGAAUUUUUGUUGGUAUACAAAGCAUUAAAAAUUUAUCUGCGUGAAUAAUAAAAUCAACUAUGUUUAUAUAUGUGUAUAUAAUAAAAUAAGACAAUAUAAGUUGAAUUUAUAAUUUAGGAUUAUACAUAUAAUUUAUAUAUUUAGGAUAAGUUUACAUUAUAAGUUGAAUUUAUAAUUUAGGAUUAUAUAUAUAUAUAUAUAAUUUAUGUAUUUAGGAUUACUAAUUUACGAUAUAAAUUAAGAUUUACAGGAAUAUUUAGAUCAAGCUUCAUAUAAUUAUUAUUUGUUAAUGCAGCAAAAAAAUAACAUGAUAUUAGAAAUUAUUUAAUACUUUAAUCACACUGCGAUUAUAUUAAAAAUAUCUAUCCGCUUCCUUAAUAUCCCUAAAUUGAAUGGAAAAUAAAGAUGUCCUCUUUCUAA